AUGCCCUGGGCUGCUGCAGAGACAAGUGGGGAGGCCUUUCCGGUGGUGACGACCUACCCACACGAGAACACGCCUCUCACAAAGGAUCUCCUUCAUGCCUCUCCAGAAGAGAAGAGGAAACACAAAAAGAAACGCCUGGUGCAGAGCCCCAAUUCCUACUUCAUGGAUGUGAAAUGCCCAGGAUGCUAUAAAAUCACCACGGUCUUUAGCCAUGCACAAACGGUAGUUUCAUGUGUUGGCUGCUCCACUGUCCUCUGCCAGCCUACAGGAGGAAAAGCAAGGCUUACAGAAGGAUGUUCCUUCAGGAGGAAGAGCACUAAAAGCACUCUGAAUCAAGAUGAGUGCGAAACCAUCUCAAAAAAGACAUUAUGGAUAAAAAAAAAAAAAAGUACAGGACAGGGUUGGAUGCGAUGA